GUUAGAUGUGUGUGUGUGUUUAUUCUCAUGGGAUUAUCAUUAAAAAAUAUAUAGCUGUGCACAUUUACUUUGUUUACAACAGCAUUUAAUUUUUUGUGAUAAUAAUAAUAAAAACAGCCAUUUAUUAUUUUUGUAAAUAAUUCAUAGUUUUUAAUUUUUUAAAUGAACGAGAAGCGCGUGAGGUUAGAAAAAUUUUCACUAAAAAAUGCGGACUCUUCCAGUAGUUCUUGCAGCACAUCUUCUUUUUCAGACGACGAGACUGAUGAUAAAAUUUUGAAGCCCAUAAAAGAUUAUUUAUACAACCGAAAAGAACUGUCACAUCAAUUAUUUAUGUCUGUAAAAACUGAAAAAAUAAAAAUGAUGUUGCCGCAAACACUGAAGAAAAUUGAUAUGGACGAAUUGGAGGAGUUGUGUGCCAAUGAAUUAUGCGGGAUGUCAAAGUCAAGAAUAAUAUCAAUAUUAAACGGUAAGCAGAUGAUUGAUUCUUCCAAUACCAGUGAGUCAGAUGACUCAGGACCUUCAUUAGAGAUAAUUUCUGAUACUGAGGCUUGGUUAACUGACAGUGAACUGCCAGCUGACAAAGACAGCGCACCGGCAUCUAAAAGUAUCAAAACAAAAAGUAAAAAAAUAAAAAAAGAACCGACUGGUAGCGAUAAACAAUCAAAAACAAAUUCCAGUAAAAAUAAGUCCGGGCGUAAGCAGGCAUUGGGUUCAGUUAAAGUUAAAAAUGAAAAAGAGCCGAGCAAAAGUCAACCUCAGCAAGGGGAAAGUCUUCUCGAUCUACUGGAGCUAGAAAUGCGGGCGCGUGCUAUUAGAGCUUUAAUUAGAAAAGAGGAGGAUAUUAUUCCUAAUGAAUCGAGUUCUAAAAUAUCGACGGGUGUUAAUAGUUUACUUAAUCAAGCAAAUAUUUCUUUAGUUGAUACGAAUUUGGUUAAUAGCAGCGGUAAUGAUAAAGAGACAGACAAAAAUUCCACCAGGAGUAGAGUUGAUGAAGCUGUUUCUUUAACAUUAAAUUCAAAUGAAGAUGAAGAUGUGGUUUUAGUUGUAAAGCCAACGCCGACUAUAAAUUUACUGUCUAGCGACAGCGAACCCGAGGAUUCAAAUAAUAUCAGUCAGUCUAAUGGUAAAAAAAUUGAAAUUAAUAAUGAAAUUAUAAAUAAUGAAAAUAAUUUGAUAAAGAGUAAAGAUGAUGAUGAUGGAAAGAGUAAAAGCACAUCGGCAGAUACUUUAAAUAUUAAUAAAAGUAAUAAAGAUAAUGACGUUAAUAAUAAAAAUCCGGUGGGUACUAAUCGAGAAUCUGUAGACAAAGCUCAAGAGCCGGCGAUAACUCAAGUGCCGAGUAAUAAGUCAAGUGAUAAAGAAAAGUCGAAAAUUAAUGAAUCAUCGAAAAUAUUUAAUGAAAGUAAUAACACGAGUGUUAACUCAAUAGCAUUGCAUGAUUACGAUGAAAUAAUAGACUUAGACAAUUACUCAGACGACAUGGAGGAGAUUGAAACAGAUAAAAUAGAUUCAUCGUUGGGAAGUAAAUCAAGCAAAGUCCAAGUUAAAUGUACUGUCGAAAGCAAUUCGACCGAGAGUUCAUCACUUGAUUCUAGUGAAACCUGGGCAACUCGUUAUUACCAGACAGAUAAUGUACAAAGCGUUAUAAAAGAGUCGAAAAUUCAAUCGGAAAUAAGAAAACGUUUGCGCGAAAGACAAAAGCUUUCUAAACUUAAUAAUAAUAAUAAUGCCGGUAAUCCCAGCAGCAAAGAGUCUGUUAAAAAAUCUAGCAUCGUUGAAAAACCUAUUGAGCCGGAUAAUAGUAAACCGACAGGAUCAGUUGAAGAAUAUUUAGCUCUCAAAAGAGUCUCCAGUCCAGACGUUAAAUCUACGGCAUCUGAACAAAAUCAAACUGACGUUAAAGUCGAUAAUAUUACCAGUGAAAAAAUAUACCCAGCUACCACUGAGAAUAUUGAUCAAAGUGCUGGUGAUGAAUCGACAAUUGAACAGCCCCAUGUAUCUCCAUCACCAGUGCGAGAAGAAAAUUCCUGAUAAUAAUAAUAAUAAUAGAUAUUUUUAGUUUUUAAUUUAUAUUCUAUAUUAAGAUAUUUUAAAUUAUACUGUUUAAAAUAAUGGUUUUUAAUCAAUAAAUUAUAUUGAGCUGCGGCGAAAAUUAAACUUAAAUUUCAUAACAUAUUUUUAUAAAAUCGGUAUGUGCAUAAAUGUAUACGUCAUGUAUUUACAAGUAAUAUAUUAAGUUAUCUAUAGAUUGAAAAGUUAUAACUCAAUAUCAUAAAUUGAUUUAUCUUUGUCGGUGACGGAGCUUACCCGAGAUGCAAAAACGUUACGAUGUAUCAUAAUCAUUGCUGAGUAUGCGCGGCUGUUGGAAAGUGAUUAUGAGGAAUGAGAAAAUAAGCCAAUCAACAAUUAUUGGAUUCUCCGAUAUUAAAUUUAAUUACAUUCUCUAAUAUACUGAUGCUAAGGUGAGCGCCAUUAUAUGAUCAAGCUAUCAACGCCAAGAAAUUGGAGAAAAAAAAAUAUUUAGAGGAUUUAAUUAAAAUUUUAUCAAUAUUCUCUACCCUUUGACUUGAUCAACGAGCAAAGCCAAGUAAGGCGACCAUAAUGAGUUAAUGAUUGAGUUAGAACCAUUAGCCAGUCAUUAUCGGCUCGAUGAACAUCCGAGAGAGC